UGUCACGCAAGUCUCACAGGGUCGAAUGUCAGCACUGAAAAGAGAUUGACUUAAGUAAGCACACGAUCCUUGUGCAAAGCUGGCAGUCCAUCUCUCUUGUGCUGUACAGUUGAGACCAGACUUACAACUUGCUUCAUAGAUAUAUCCUAAUAAUAUAUCAUGGCAUGUUUCUUCCUCCCCAGUGGAAUCGACGAAGGUGGGUCGAACCAGAGCCCAUUCGCCCCUCCUCCCUCCAAAGCCCAACAAGCCUGUGUAAGUUGCCGAAAGCAAAAGAGAAAAUGCGACAAAAUCCUCCCCACAUGCGGCCUCUGCGCCAGAAUGGCCCGGCCAUGCGAUUACACCAUCCUCGACACCAUCCCACAACAGCAACCGGCCCAAGCAUCAUCAGAGGAGCUCGCAACCCUCCAGGCCCGGCUGUGUGAGCUAGAGAAUCGUCUCAACAAUGCCUCUCAAUCUCAACAACCACCACCGCCACGACAACCAUCACCACCUACCAUGCACAUCAACCCUGAAAUUCUCCCUCCUCUACCUCCCAAACCACCCUCGCCCCUCUGGUCCCCUUCUGCUGUCCCCUCCCGCUUUCCCACCUCCUUAUUCCUCGACCUGGACGCCUUCAACUGGUCCACCACCCCCAUCCCCGCCCCCAAUAUGCCCAUCCCAAGUGAAGUCCUCGACAUCCUAUCCAGAGGCACAACAGUCCAAGACACCGCCACCGAAUACUUCCACGGCACCCACGCUUGGUUCCCCUUCAUCUCCAAAAAACGCAUGGAGCUCGGGCUGUCCCUCUGGGAAGCCGGUCCCGAACUUGCCUUCCUCUUUCUCGGCAUGAAACUGGUAAGCACCCCAGUCAACAACGGGGUGGAGCCAGCCGGCAACCCGCUGUAUACCGCAGCGAAAAGAUUCUGGGCUUCGCUCGAACAAGCCGGGAGCGUGAGCCUGCAGUUUGUCCAGGGGAUGGUGCUGGUGACGGUUUAUGAGAUGGGGCACGGGAUAUACCCCACGGCGUGGAUCAGCGUAGGAGUGCUGGGGAGAUGGGUUGAGGUUUUAGGACUGCCGGGGUUUAGAAGAGGAGGGGUGGCGUUGGGGAGCGUGACAACCUGGACUGAAUCCGAAGAACGCCGCCGUUUGUGGUGGGCAAUCUACAUUCUUGAUCGCUGCAUCUGCCUCGGCAACAAGAGAUGUUUCUGCCUUCCGGAGCCAGACGAGUCUUUUGUCCUGCCGGUAGAUGAUAAAGCUUUUGACGAAGGCAACCCAACCCUCUCCCCCACCAACCCCCUACCAACAACCCCGUUCACCACCCAGGCUCUCUCCCCCUUCACCCGCCUAGUCCAAUCCUCCCUGCUCCUCUCCCGCACCCUAACCCACGUCCGCACCGUCAUCCAAUCCAACAUCUCCAACCGCCCCGUCCCAUUCUCCCUUCCCCUUCUCACGUCCCUCGCCACCGACCUGGUUAACUUCACCCAGGUGAUCCAAUCCGAACUUUCCCCCGAACUACCCUCCCCCGGGACUACCACCACCCCCUCCUCCACCUCAACCUUCCUUCCCACCACCACCACCAUCUCCCCUUGCUACACCAUCUCCCUUCUCCCGUCUCUUUCAAUAGCUCUCUCAACUCUAAUUCUCCUCUUCGACACCUACUGCACCCCCGAAAACCAACACCUCGGCCCCUCCCCCCUCCCCGGCCCCGAAGCUCACCCCCUCCAGUCCCCCUCCCACAUUUCCUUUGCUCAACAGUCUAUGCAAGGGCUACGGGAGACCUCCCUCAAGAUCCGCGAGCUCUCCCUCGAACUCCUCGACCUGCUCGUCCUCCCCUCCCAAGAAAAAAAACUCUCCCCUUUGUGCCUCGACAGCCUCUACGCCUCAAUGGCAACACUGCACUGGUUAUGGAAAGAAGGCGGCGACGCGGACGUGAGAGAGGCGCUCGAGGAUGUGCGACGGUGCAUAAGCAGGACGAGCAUGCGGUGGCGGGUGUCGAGAGAGUACCUCGAAAUACUCAAACGGCAAGACGUCAGUUUUGCCAUGGCUUUCAGGGCUGAGAGUGGCAAGUCAUGUUUGACACGUGUGGACGGAUCGUAAUCGCCGCUGUCGUUGACAAUGAUGGGACUCG